AUCUUCUCUUCAUAUUCCACAAGUCCAGUCUUCCCUCUUAUCUUCUCUUCAUAAUUCACCUCUCAAACCCCCCCUGCAAAAUCAUGUUUCUUACUUGCUUGAUUAUGGCCUAUUUCCUUCAUACAUCCUAUGGAGAGCAUAAUCACCAAUGCCCACCUUCUUCCUGUGGCAGUAUUCGCAAUAUUAGCAACCCUUUCAGACUGAAAGAUGAUCCAAAACACUGCGGCAGUCCCAUUUAUGAACUAGAAUGUGAAAACAAUACCGCCUCUGUAUAUCUUAAAUCUCACAGACACCUUGUGAAAGCGAUCAAUUAUUCCAACUACACCAUUCGCCUUGUUGAUGCUGGCAUAACGAACUGGUUUCUACGGUUUUUAUUCUGGUUAUCCUUAUCAUACAAGGACUCCCAACAACAUAACUGAUCCCUUUGGAAGCUCUUACAAGAUAACAAGGUCUAUUACUUUUAUGAGCUGCCCUUAUCCUGUGAAUAGUUCUGGUUUGCUGGAAAUUGAUCAUUGUUCCAGCAGAAACAAUAGUUUCAUCGACUCUACCAAUAGAAGGCGAACAUACAUAAAGUUCGGUCCCUUGAAUAGUUCAUAUGUAAUGGAUAUGUGUACAAUAGAACGCAUAGUGAUGACUUCAAUGCCAGUUAAGGACGAAGAGAGUUUAUCUCUUUCAGAAAUCCAUAGCUCUCUGCUAUAUGGCUUUGAACUUUCAUGGAUCAUGUGUGCAGGGACCAUAGCCGAGUCAUCCACUAUACGAGCUCUAUGUUAUUAUGCUGAAGUGCAGUGCAUCGCUUUUGCUUCCCCAUGGCCUACACUAUAUCUUUAUCCUCUAUAUUGCGGUCGCAUGCCACUUUGGUUCGCCAUUGCAGCUUCUUGCACUCUUUGGAUUCUUCAGUUCGUCUUUGUGUGCACAGUUGCACUAAGGAUCGUAAUUGGAAUGCCUUGCAUGUUGGUGCUUCUAAUCCAUAAACUUUGGAAAACACAACGUUUGUCAAAGUUUGAGAUAAUAGAAGGCUUCCUACAAAGUAACAACAACCUCCUGCCAAUCCGGUACUCCUACUCAAACAUAAAGAAAACGACGAGAGGUUUUCGAGAAAAACUAGGUGAAGGAGGCUAUGGUUCUGUUUACAAAGGAAAGCUCCGCAGCGGCCGUGAUGUUGCAGUUAAGGUACUCAACAAACCCAAAGAAAAUGGGCAAGAUUUCAUCAAUGAAGUUGCAACCAUUGGAAGGAUCCACCACGUAAAUGUUGUUAACCUCGUAGGAUACUGUGCUGAAAGAUCCAAACGUGCCCUUGUAUAUGAUUACAUGACUAAUGGUUCACUUGACAAGUAUAUCAUGAGUCGAGAAAGAACUAAUUCGCUAAGCUGGGUGAAGAAGUAUGAGAUUGCGGUUGGAGUAGCUCGUGGGAUUGAGUAUUUGCAUCGAGGUUGUGACAUCCAAAUCUUGCAUUUUGACAUCAAGCCUCAUAACAUACUUCUUGAUGAUAACUUCAACCCUAAAAUCUCUGAUUUCGGGCUUGCUAAAUUUUACUCCACCGAGAAAGCUACAGUGACUUUAACUGCUGCUCGAGGAACGAUAGGAUAUGUGGCUCCUGAACUGAUCAACAGAAACAUUGGUGAAGUAUCGUAUAAGGCAGAUGUUUACAGCUUUGGAAUGUUGCUAAUGGAAAUGCUAGGCCUAAAGAGGGAUAUCGUGGCGGAUAAAGAUGAAUCUAGUCGAUAUUUCCCAUAUUGGAUCUACGACCACUUCAAUAAAGGCAAUGACAUUGAGACUGGAAAUGCUGACGAAAUUGACGAUGAUGAUGAUGUUGAUGAAGAUGAGGAUGCAAGGAGAAUCACCAAAAAUAUGACGAUUGUUGGACUAUGGUGCAUACAGAUGAGUCCAGUUGAUCGCCCGUCUAUGAGUGAAGUAGUGAAGAUGCUUGAAAAUGGGAACGAGAAUUUGUAAAUUCCUCGUCGGCCUUCUCAAUCACCUCAGGUUUCAUGGAACGAUGAUCAAAUUUGGGAAACAAUGUCGACCGAUUCAAUAGCGUUACUGGGUGAUGAUGCUUCCAAUGAUGAAUAAAGGUAAUUAUGGUGGUGGAAAAUUAGUCUAUCAUAUCAUUUGUGGAGUUGAAAUAAUGUCCAUUAAAAGGACAAAAAGAUUGGGCUACAGUACAUUCGAAUAGUAUUAUGUGAUUGUUAUAUUUGCUACAGUUAUGGGCCACUGAUGUUGUAUUUUGUAGAACGAUGUAGCUUCGUAUCAUAUUGAUUAGAAUAUUACAAUAUA